AUGGCGAAGAUGACCAAUCUUCCAAGGGUUUUGUUAGAGGAUAUUCUCUCCAGGGUUCCGAUGACAUCUAUGAGAGCAGUCCGAUGUACUUGCAAAAAGUGGAACACUUUAUCUAAAAAUGACAACUUUACAAAGCUUCAGUUUACUCAAGCAGCAGCAGGAGCAAGGGAAUGUGAGUUUCUUGCGAUCGUGACGAUGAAUUGUAGUCUUUAUCUGAUGAACAUCAACCUCCACGGAGUUUACAACGACUAUGAUCCUUCUAUAAGGCUUACAGGUACAGUUAUUACCCUCGACGAUUCAGAUCGAGUCGUUAUAUCUCGAAUAUGUCACUGUGAAGGUUUAUUGUUAUGCACAACGGAAGCUUACACGAGUCUCGCGGUUUGGAAUCCGUACUCGGGGCAAACUCGGUGGAUCGGCGUCGAAUCUACAUCUGUUCACCACAUAAAGCUUUGGUAUUCUCAUGCUCUCGGAUACGAAAAGGGCAAAUCUUGCCGCAUCCACAAAAUCCUGAGAUUUGCUCGUCUUGACUCGGAAAGAUCUGUGCACGAAAUCUAUGAUUUUAAUUCUGAUUCAUGGAGGGUUCUUGAUGUCACUCCAGACUGGGAUGUGAAGUAUGAAUCUCAUGGACUGUCCUUGAAAGGAAACACGUACUGGUAUGCUACUGAUAAGCGAUUAGGAGACAGGUUUUUACUCUGCUUUGAUUUUACAAGAGAGCGAUUUGUUCCGCGUCUGUCUCUGCCGUUUAGGUCUUCUUCUGAUGAUGUCGUGACUCUAUCUAGUGUUAGAGAAGAGCAGCUUGCGGUGUUAUAUCAGAACUGUCAUACAUUUGAGAUGGUUGUUUGGGUUACGACUAAGAUUGAUCCCAAUGCUCUGUCCUGGAGCUUGUUUUUGGUGGUUGAUAUGAGACCACUCUCUGGGUUUCGGUUUUAUACUGGUGGGAGUUUCCUCAUUGACGAGGAGAAGACGGUGGUUGUUGUUUUCGAUGAAGAUAAAAAUGUAAAUAAACCUACUCGCAACACAGCUUACAUCAUUGGAGAAAAUGAUUACUACAGAGAAGUGGAUAUAGGAAAGAUUACAACAGGCAAAGAGGGUUUUCCUCAUGCGUGCUCCUAUGUUCCAAGUUCAGUGCAAAUCAACCAACCUGCAUGAUUUGAAAAAC